GUUAGCCCAAAAGAAAAGUUCCAUUGAAAAGCAAGAAAUCUAAAACUGAAAAACCAAAACUCGCAAGAGAACUUGAAUACUGUGCCAGUGCCAGAAAGUGAACAUUAAAAAAAACUUUAAAGAAAAAUCUUUAAAAAAAUUCAAAACCACGCCAUGGAUACCCUGUCACCCAACAAUGGCUCCAAGUCGAGCUCCAGCGGCAGUUCGGCGGCCAGUUCCUCCAUGGAUCUCGGCAAGCAGCAGCAGAAGGAGAAGCUGCAUCGCCAUCCCAGAAAUGGCCCCAAAAAACUAUCCCGCUCGCGGAGUUUGCUGCAGUUGCUCAGCAAGCAUUUGGGCAGGCACUUUCACCAUCAGAAUCACCAGAACGAUACGGUCUACAGCAGCCAGGAUGACAUUCGCAGCAGCUCCACGGACUCCUUCAGCUUGAGUUAUGAAAGAGGGAGCCACGAGUGUCCCAUUAAUGGAUCCUCGUUGGAUUUGGAGCACACCUCCCGCACCUCGAGUGCCUCGGCCUGUUCGAGAUACUCGCCGGGGUUGGAUUACUACGACCAGCAGGGGCACAUCUAUGUGGAGGCCGUCUACCGACCCGGCAGCGCCAUGGAGCAACUGCAUCCGCAGCUGCACUUCGAGGAGGACACCAGCGAGGAGGGCAGCGGCAACGAGGCGGAGGACGAGGUGGAACUGUCUCACCACAAUGACAACGAAAACGAUGAGAACGAGAACAGCAAGCCAAGAUCCGCAUCCGCUGCCUCAGCCAAGUCGUCGGGACUGCAUCUCAGCCGGAUUUCCAUCUCCUCCUCGGUGAGCCGCAUGCUGCAGCACUUCUCCAGUCCCACGGGAAACGUCUCCAUUCGCUCGCUGUCCUGCAGCAGCACUCCCCUGCGGCAGCCGAAGAAGUCCCUCUCGCCGAACAACUCCAACAGCAGCAGCAGCAGCAGCCACUCCGGCUCCAGCUCCAAGUCCUCCUCCGGCGGUGGUCCCGCCUCCAAGAAGGACAAGAAGCAGCAGAGCAUCCUGCGACCGCCGGUCCAAUACGUCUACAUGAAGGGCAUGUCGGGGCUUUAUUCCCGAGUGCCCAGCUACGCGGUCUGCUAUCCCUACACUCUUCAGCAUAUGUACUAAAAAAAAAAUGGUUAAAAUUUAGGGGGAGAAGUCGAGAGAAAGCUGCAAGCUGGUUGGGGGUUUUGAACAAUAUACAUAGGAUUUUCUAGUGAUGUACGAGUAGUGCCUGAAAAAAACAGAGAUUUGA